CCGCUAUUAUGAGACUUAUAAUUUAUUUACCUUCAGGACGUUACUCAAGCGUCUAAUAUGAGUAGAUGAGAUUUUAUAUGUAUAAACUAAAGAAAGUAGGUUUAUAAGUGUAGCCAAGGUGAGGGGGUAUUUUUUUUUUAGCAAAUUAUGUAAAAUAUAUUUCUUCUCCGCCAUUAUACUAUACUACAUUUAUGUAGAAAGAUGUUUUUUCUUACCUAUUUAUGUAUAUAAAUAUAUCCACUUCAAUCUUUAAUUCUGAACAUGUUAGAAUCUAUCCCGGGGAAAAUAUUCGUUAUUGGUGUCUCGAUACUUAUUUCAUUUAUUGCGUAUUCUUCUCAGUUAAUAUUGUUUUUACCUGCUUACGGCGGAUGGAAUUUAAAAAGCUUAAUCAGAUUAUUACCCCUGAAUGCAUUAGUCAUGAUGGUAUUUUACAAUUACUAUUUAGCUGUAGUAACAGAUCCAGGCAAGAUUCCUACUGGCUGGGAACCGCCUUCUUCACUUGUAAUAUUCAAAGAAAUACCUUCAGAAGGAAUCACAGGUCCACGUUACUGUAAAUCGUGUCAAGUAUAUAAACCACCUAGAAGUCAUCAUUGUCGAUAUUGUCGUCGUUGUGUUUUAAAGAUGGAUCAUCAUUGUCCUUGGAUUAACAACUGUGUUGGUCAUGCUAAUUAUGGUCAUUUUAUGCGGUUUAUUAUCUUUGCUGAUCUUGCCUGUCUUUAUGUUAUUUUAUUGCUUGUUGGACGAGUAAGAGCUAUUAUGGAUGCUAUCCGUCAUUUUCAGUUUGAUGCCGAGCCUACAACGAUUGAAAUCAUUUUUAUGGUUUUGAAUUUUGUAUUUGCAUUUAUUGUUUUAUUUUGUGUUGGUAUUUUAACAGGUUAUCAACUCUAUUGCCUUUCAAAAAAUCAAACGAAUAUUGAGGCUUGGGAAAGAGGAAAAGUAGAAGAUUUAAUUAGAAGAGGAAAAAUAUCGCCUGUCAAUUAUCCUUUUGAUGUUGGAUUUUAUAGAAAUAUACGUGAAGUAUUAGGAUCAAAUCCUUUACUUUGGCUUUGGCCACAGAAGAUGCAAGGAGAUGGCUUAACAUUUCCCAUGACGCCAGAAACAGACCCUCGUUUACCUUAUUAUUGGCCACCACGAGAUCCUGACGAUCUUAGGCCUUCUAUUUUUUCUUCAAAGUAUAAGCGUCAACAAGAGAUUCAACGACUUUUAAAAGAAGACCCUGAUGCUGCUAGAGCAUUAGAAGAAGAAUCUGAGGGAUAUUAUGAUUCAGGUAGCUUUAUAUCAGAUAGUGAAGCCGAAUAUUCAAUAGACGAUGAAGAGGAAGGCAUGAAGCGUUUAAUGAAUCAACGUUUAUAUGAUUUGUCUGGAACCUAUUUUGAACAUACAAGUACAUUAAUGGGGAAGCACUAUAAUAAUAAUAAUAAUAAUAGAGAUGCAUUAUUAUUUGACAAAGAUGAGGAUGAGGAUGAAGAUGAUAGCAGUAAUGAUGAUACCAUCUCCUUAUCUACAUUUGCUUUUAGGAAGAAGUCUUAUCCUUCAACAAAAGAAGAUUAAAUGGAAUUAUUUCCUUUUACAAGUAUAUAUAAUAAUAAGUUGAAUGUAAAUAAAUAUAUAGCAGUAGAUACAUACGUAAUGUCUGCUAAUAACUGUCACUUC